AUGGCAGCUGUGCCUCUCGGUCCGACUCCUUCUCGUCCUCGGUCACCUCUUCCAGUAACUCAUCCCAACUGGACGAAGACGUAUACUAUCUUUCUCAGAUUCAGACUGCGCAGACGCAGCGAGGCAAUGGUCUUGAACCACACCUCACAGCGCUCAGUCGUAUUGCAACUCAACGGAGCCAGCAGUGCUACUGUGGGCGCUCUCAAACCACGCGUGUCAAAGAAACCUCUACCAGAUUUCGGUGCAGAAAAACCGUAUCCGCCAGCUCUCCCAGAGAAAGAGGAAUAUGUCGUCGAAUUUGUCGGUCCGGAUGACCCUCUGCAUCCCCAGAAAUGGACUCUCAAGAAGAAGUCAAUCAAUGAAUCCUCGGGAGGACGUUGA